UUCAGACGGCCAUUUAAUAGUGAUCUUUCAAUAUCUACUUCCUCAACGACAUCUGAUUGAUAAUAGAAGAAUAGUAUAUAGUUUGGGAGGUCAAGAUAAAUUUGAUGAUAUCACGGUCGUUGAAUCCAAGAUAAAUUGAGUCAACGAUAUAAUACAUGAUCAUAUUUGUUAUAGUUCAGUAGCUGUUGGUGAUUUCUCAAGUGAUAAUGAGAAAAGACAGUGAUGUCCUUAUUCUAGUGAAGUGUACAAAUUGUUUGUGUGAAUACAGACAUCAAAAUGAGUGAAAUUGAUUUAGCGGCUUUAGACGAUGGAAAGGAGCGUCAAGAUCCUAAAAUACUAACUUCUAUGCAAGAAAUAGAUUUGGCUAUAAAAGAAUGUGGAAUCGGCUGGUUCCAUGUGUUACUUAUGACGUCAUCGUUCGUUGGAUUGAUAGCUGGUGUUCUUGUGACAAACACAACACCAUACAUACUGCCAAUAGCUGAAUGCGAUUUAAAUAUGAAUUUAAUACAAAAAGGAUUAUUAAAUGCAAUGCCAUACAUAGGAAUGACUAUAGUAUCAAUAGUUGCCGGUUUCUUAACGGAUACUUUCGGUAGAAAGAUAUUUCUGGUGUAUGGUUUUGGUGGACUUUUUAUAUUCACAAUUAUCGGUGGAUCAAGUCAGAGCUAUGAGGUUUUGGUUAUAACUAAGUUUUUCGAAGGAAUUCUAUUUGCUAUAUCGUUUAGUCCGACUUUGACAAUAACAUCGGAAUUUUGCUACAAAGAGAUCAGAGAUCGAGUGGUGCUGUUCAGAUCUUCUUUUACGGCUUUUGCUCAGAUACUUGUUGCUGCGAUGUCUUGGGGAAUACUUACACACGAUUGGAAAUACAGCUUGUUCAAUGGAUAUAUCGAACUUCAUGUAUGGAAUUUCUAUAUCUACCUGAUGUCUCUAUGGGCGUUUUUUUCGUUCGUGCUGUACGCCAUUUUACCAGAAAGUCCCAGAUUUUACUUAACUCAAAAGAAGUAUAAUGAAGCGAGAAAAGUACUAAUUAAAAUGUAUACAAUGAACACGGGAAAAUCUGCUGAAACAUACAAGUACAUCGAUUUAUGGAAAGACAAAGAAAAAGAAAUAAUAGACGAGGAGCCUGAGAGAAAAAUAAUGGCCAGUUUCAAACAUCAAUUGAUUACUGGACUUCUUAACGUGAAGCCAAUGUUAAGAAAGCCAUUGCUUGGAUACCUGCUAUUGAUAUCUGGUUUGAAUUUCUUAAGCAUGGCUCUAUACAACGUAAUAAGACUGUGGUUUCCGCAGUUAUCGACUAUUGUGGAACAUUAUAGUAAUAUCGAUGGUGAGAACGAUUUAUGCGGUAUGCUGGAUUCCUAUACACAUGAUUUGAAAAUGAGGAGUGGUAAUACUUCUUUGUCUGAUGUCUGUGUGCCGACUCGCAGUGGCAACGAAACAUAUGUUAAUAGUAUUAUCUUAGGCUGUGUUUGCAUUAUACCGUUUGCGUUAAGCGGUAUUCUAGUAAACAAAGUUGGUAAGAAGAAUUUGUACGUGGCAGCAGGAUUUAUAUGCGUUUGUAUAACUUUAGCAAUAAGAUGGGCUGACUCCAAAGUUGCGGUGGUCGCACUGUUCUCCGUCGAUACCGCGAUAUCGCAAACUAUGAUUGGUUUAUUUCAGGCGUUAACCCUUGAAUUGUUUCCAACAACAAUAAGAACUCUUGCUAUCUCCGUUAUCAUGACUUUUGGUAGAAUUGGUACUCUUGUGGGCAAUGUGGCAUUCCCAGUCCUGCUCAAUAUGGGAUGUGUUGUACCAUUUUAUUCGCUUACAGGUGUUAUGAUAUGUGUAACGGUGAUGGCGCUGUUUUUACCGAAAUCAUGACGAAAGGAAAAAUUUUAUUAACUAAAUUGUGAUAUAUAAAUAAGGUUUAUUA